AUGAGGAAGUGCGCCUCCGCGACCCGUGGCAGGUGUGGGCGUCCGGACUCCAACAGGUCGCGGGAUAAAACCCGCCCGCCCCUCCGCCCCUCCGCCCCUCCGCCCCUCCGCCCCUCCGCCCCUCCGCCCCUCCGCCCCUCCGCCCCUCCGCCCCUCCGCCCCACCCUUCACCCUCCUUCUCCGCCCCAGCUCGUUUACACACUCCCGUGCUGCGCUCGGGGGCCCGCCCCGCCCCUUCGGUGCUACGCAAGCGCGGCUGCCACUCGUGGAGUCGCGCGGCGACGCCCCCAUCGCAGGGGAUCCUUUAUGGAAGAUAAAACUACGGAGAAAAGUUUGGCUUUGCUGGGAAUGGUGCCAGUACUGGAAGACAAAAAUAAGAUUCUAAUCUACCGCAGGCAGUCAGACAGCUAGUGCAAAUGUGAGCUCUGGAAGAUAUUUUCAAAACACCAUUACUGCAUCCCUCUCAGGUCCUAUUUGCUCAGAUCCAUGAGAAGCCCGUAUUAUUUCUCUAGCUUUCUUUCUGCUUUUAUUUGCUGUCUAUUUUCCUCUGAGAGCUUUAUAUCUUUUUUGGUUAAUUUAGAAACCAAGUUAUACUCAAAGUAAAUCCCAGCUUUUACUGAA